GGAUCGUUUAUUGGUUGGUAAAAAGAUUGUGAAGUGUUUAGAGUCGAAAAUGAGACGAAGGUUGUGAAACAGACGUGGAGACAGCGGAGGAGACAGGAGAUGUUUACUUCAUAGUCUGCAGAGUAACACGGAGAAUAUUUUACUAAUUUGCUACGAGGGGAAGUGAUUUUUGGCGAAGGAAAUGAGGAUGCUUUGAUUUUUCCAGCUGCAAAUACUUAUCAAUUUUUACAUCUCCAGACACAAACAUACUUGGGUAAGACCCCCCCGCCGCUUUUUCUGUCUGCUGUACAGGAAUUUAAAGCUGCUAUAUCCUGUUUAAUAAAGUGGUUUUAUACAGCCUCUUAUAACUUAGACUCAUUGAACUUUCAAAGGAACACUUUUAUAGUCCACAAAGUAAUCAUAAAAGUUGUUUUUGCGAGCUACUUUUUGAGGUUUAACUGUGUUCAUAAGUUUUGGGACCUUAUCUUCUCCUCUGGGAUAAAAACAUAGUGAGAAAUCAGUUACAGGAGAACAAUAUCCUAAAACUGUCAUACUCUUUAGACUUUAGCAUCUUUUUCCCCCAAGUAAGGCGCUGCUAUUUUUGAACUGUCAACAUUUAAACCCCUAUUUUGUCCCAUUUAGAGCGAUUCUAAAUGUAUACCUCUAUGUAUCAUUUUUACGGUUUCACCAACAAAUACAAAAACACCUUUGACAAACAAUUAUACCACAAAGGAAAGUUUGGGUCAACGAGGACAUGAAAGCAAGACUGUAAAAUUAGAUGCAAAUGCAAACCAGACUAAAAAUGAGCCUUAAAUGCAAAUAUUUAGUUUGUAUAAGAAGUUUCAAUUGUGGAUCAUGCCUUUGUUAAAAGUUAAGAUAGUUUUAUUCAUUUUUAUUUAAUGAUCACUUAUUCUGUUGCUGCCUUUUCAUCACAUGACCUACUUAUCUUACGUUUUCUUGUGUUGUAUGUUGAAUGGUUCUCUUUACUCAUAAAUUAUUUGACAGUCUCAUAUAAUGUGCUGUUUGGAGAACUUUUGCACUGAAUCAAACACUUUUAAGUCUUUUCUCUCAGUUUCUCUCAUUAAAAGCAAACAAAAAAAAGGAGUAGCCUGUAAAAUGUUGUGGAGAAGUAAUCAGGUCAAUCUCUGUCACAAUAAGCAAAGUAAAAAUCCUGCAUUUACUUUUCUAUUCAUCAAGAAUUUUUUAAGUUUAUAGUUUUCAAAGUUUUAAAAUGCCAACCACCCACUAUGCUGGGCAUUAUUAUUGAUUCCAUAACAUUUCAGCACUACUUUAGUGGUGUUGAUGUUGCUAAGGUGAACUGUUUUUUUCAACGUGUUGAGUAGUUUAAUCUGUAACAAUUAUAGCCUCCUGUGGCUGUGGAAAAGUGGAACACCCAUUUAUCACAAGGUUGGUGGUUCGAUUUCCAGCUCCUCCUCUUCCCAUGUCUUUGAAGUGGGUUUUCUCUAGCUUGUAGGAGAUACUACAGCAUAAAACUGCAAGACUGAUUGAUCAAAUGAAAAUAGUCACCAUUUAUUAGCAGAAUUUUUCAUGGAAGAAUUUUCAAUUUCAAAGAUAUUUUGGGGUUUAGCCUUUGUUUGAUGGGACAGCUUGAAACAGACAGGGAUUGCAGUGCAAGAGAGAGGGAGAGUAAUGCGCAACAAAUCAUGCCAGGACUGGAUAUUGAUUGUAAAAGUAGUGCAUUCAGAAAAAACUGAUCUAAACCAGCAUCCCUCCAGUCAUUUUUAAGCAACUAUGUCAAACAUCUGCUGGCUUUCAGCAUGUGAGCUUGUUAUAAACUUGUUAUAUAACUUGUUAUGAAUCGGUUACAUCAUUUUUCAUGUAUUUUUUAAAAUAAAUUUAGAGUUUAUAGAUGUUCACUUGCUUUUAUGACCAAUAAGCUAUGGUAAGACCUAAUUAUACACAUUUUAACAAUCUUUUUUCAUGUUUUUUUGUGUAUUUAAUCAGAAUCAAGGAUUAACUCUGAAAUAAAGCAGAUUAAUCGGUAAUGAGCUCAACAAUUUGUUGCACCAGUAGUUAAUGUCUAGAGGAGCGGCAAUGGGUGACGUGGGCCCUUCCUGAAAUCUUAUUGGCUGCCCCUGGUACCACUCUAAAAGUCCUAUAUCAUGAUUGGCUAUUUGCCCUGCAAGUGGUAGCAGGUACUGUAAAAUUCAGUGUAAAUAAUGCAUUAUAAUCAGGGCACUGCUUGCCUAAGCAUGAGCAGCAUUUAUAGAGAUUAGGCUUCAGGUAGACGACACAGGUUUGCAUCCAGCCGGUGGCUCUUUUGUCUUCUGUCACUGUUUGUUCUCUCCCCAUUUCCUCCACGAUACAGUGUCCUUGGCUCUCUAAAAGAGGCAAAAAUGCGCUGAAAUUAAACUGAAAAAAGUGCAUUUUGAUACCUUUUUAUCAUUUCAAAAGCCAGCUGCACUUCUACAAUGUCUCAAUAAAACACCAGCAAAUGCAGAGGUGUUCUUUUGCAUGUCUCUAUUUUACCCAGAAGGUGGUGCUCAAAGAAGAAGACAGGAGCCUCAUUACACAAAGCAUGCUGGAAACAUAGCAAGGCAGGUCAUGCCUCAUGAGGUCAUAAUCAUGCAUUCAAAGAAAAGCUGGUUGAAUAUUAAUGAAAUGAACCCUGUGAAAGACUGAAAAGACUUGUCAUUUCAGGAAAACAAAUCAUGAGUGGUGUUAGUGGCACAAGUCUCAUUGAACUGUUUACAGUAGUGAGUCUAUGUGAAUCUCACUAUUAACAACACAACUAUACAGUAGCUGGCAGUGUGAUGAUAAAAGAUAAACCUGGAAAGAGCUACACAGAUGCAUAGAAAAUGCAAAUUGCUGAAAGUAAUCCACACAUGAAGACAGUCAAAACCUGUCUGUCUCUGGAGCUCAACAAAACAGACUUUAUCUUAGAUUCUGGUAUGACUUUCAUUCCUGAUUUUACGAUAUUUUGGAGGUGAUACUACAGGGUACUUGUAGCUUUGUGCAGUGAAGUGUCUCACAUUUCAUUUUGUUUGUACUCAGUGUUGUGACAUCUUUUUUGUGAAUUCAGCUGAGAGGAUUGAUAUGAUUAUCACUCUUUUACUUUUUAAAGUAAAAAAAUAUACAUAGAAAAUAUUGGGGCGUGUUAGGCAUUAAAACAGAUAAGAAAGACAGGCAGAGAUUAUAUUCAUCUGACUGUGUUUGUGCACAAACUGCAUACCAACCCUCUAUUAGUCAGAGUGUCAGUUGUGCCACCUCAGUCAAAAGGUCAUGGUCACAGUCCUGUUGGACUUUUGUAUGUGUGGAAACAGAGGGAUAAGAGCUGAAUAGUAAAGCCCUGAAUAGAGGUCAUUUGUACAUAUUAUUUAUCCAUCUGAGAAAAUAAGUUGAUGAAAGUAUUUAUUUCUUUUAGACUCAAAUUAUAAAAUAAAUAGCAUAAGAUGUAAGUAUCUUGGUAAAACACACAACCUUUGACCCUGUUCCACAGUGCAGACGCUUUAAAUGGUCUAUUUUGCUUAUUUUCCAUGUUAAGUAGAAAUUGUUUAUUUAUCCAUACACUCAAAAUGAAAAAUGGUUAAUCUGUGAACGUGACUGCACAGAUGUUGUGGCUGCUGUUGUGAAUAAACAAACCAAACACUAAGCCUCUUUCAUCCACACUCCAGGUGACAUGAGGAGGGAGUGGUUGUUAUGGCAACUGAAGUGUUUACCUCUCCAGUCCUGAGAGGUUGCACAGGCACUGUGAGGGCUGUCUAACACAGAUGAGCUCAGUUUAACAUCUCAAACAAUCAGUUUGUUCGUAGGGUGGUCCUUCAAAAGGUCCCUCUCUGUCGCCGGGCAGAAUUAAGUCUGUCAUCUCCAUCACAAAGGAGAGUUCAGCCACGCAGCUCGACCCUAUUCUCUCUGAUUAAUGCUGAUGCUGCAGCUUUGAAAUGAUUAUUUAUCAUUAAAGUCAAACAGGUUUAUGAAAUAUCUUUAUAGUCUCUUAAUAUGUUAAAUUAUGAAAAAGAGCACAAUGAAAGAGUGCAGGACUAAUUCUGGAGCCGUCUUUUACCAGCUGUAGCAUUUUUUUAUCCAGAAGAAUAAGGCAGCACAAUUAAUCCCAAGUUCAUUAACUAUACAAAGAUAACCAUACACCAUGAGCACAAGUCAGAGUUCAUCCCAGUAAUCAGAAAAUAACUUGUGCAAACAAAUAAUGCUUUCUCAUUCAACAAGUACCUGAUACAACCAAGUAUUUAUUUAUCGGGCCUCAUCUUGUUCUUUCAAUAUUUAAGGCUGUGACCAAACAUCCCGUGCAGUCAUACCCAAAUUUGUGUAAAAUAUCCUCCUUUGUUUAAUUCAGUGAAGCAGCAGAGAGGUUUUGCAUGUGAAAGGAUGAAGGUGAAAGCUUUGGUCUCUUUCUCUGACUAGACAUACUCAGGUCAGCUGAGGGCGCUCACAAACACACUCACACGCACAAACACUCUCACUCAAAUACACACACACACACACACACACACACAGUAAUUAUCUCUGAUUGUGCUGUUUAACUCAAUUGCAGGCACUCCUCAGCGUUUACCUUCACAUGUCUUAUUCUUUCACCUCCUCCAUUAGGCUCAAAAUAAAACGCUAUAAAUAGCAUAUGCUGGAAAAAAAACUUAAAGCUUAUUUUGUUUGCUUUAGUUACAGUCGCUGAAAAAGUGAAAUGUCUGUUGCUGCUGUGACCCCAUUUUACUGACACACAAACAAGAUCGUUUUUCUGUCCUCUACAUACAAACAAACCCAUGAACUGUUAAGUUUGGGUUUUAAGUCAGAUGAAAGUGACAUUGUUUGGAACAGCUGGAGCUGGAGGGGAGUGAAGGCAAAGUUAUAAGUCUCUAAUAAUAUCUUAAUUUCAAUAUGCACAAACAAAUCAAAUUAGCGCAAAAUGUACUCAGUAAAACGAAAGACCAAUUUAUCUCCUCACAUCUACAUAUUUCUGCAGAGCCUAAAAACUUGGAGUAAGAUUGUUGUCUCGGAAGUGUUGUGGUUAAAGAGGCAGAGUGCACUGGGCAAAAAGCAAUGCGUCUCCUCUCUUUAAAGGCACUGUAUUUUUGAGACAGUCUCAUUCUUGUAAUAAUGCUCUUUUAUGAUAAAAUUAGAUAAUCAACGACAAGAUUGAUUAUUUCUUUAUACUGAAUUUUAGGGCCUGUACAUUCAGCAAGACUUUCUGUUAAAAAAAAGUCAAGUUGAUCUUCCGCAUUCAUCCCAGAGUGCGUUCAGAGUCCUGCUGCCAAUGUUGGUGAGACGUUAUCAAGCAGAACGAGUAGUUUUUUCUAAAGAUAAUUUUCUUUUUAAAUAAUGUUUUGCGCUCAUGGCUGAUACUGAAUAUGAUUGAGAUAAAAACUUGACCUGCAUUUUUUCUCUGUAAUGGUUCAUUUAUUUGAAAAGAGUAUUUUUUCCAUCCCAAACUUCAGGUGUCCUGAGUCAUGGGGAGCUUCAAGGGCCAUGCACUGCCUGGAAGCUUCUUCCUGGUUGCAGGGAUCUGGUGGACGGGGAAGCACUGUCUGUGGUACGCCACCCGCAGGAACAAGAACAUCGGCUCCACACGUCUGUCAAGCAGAGCGUCACAGCGCCGCCUUGAGAUCAUCGAGAGCUCUGUUGUGCUCUUCUUCUCUGUUGUUGGUAAAGAUGUCUUCUUGUUUUUUAAAAAUUCAGAGGGAUUUAAUUGUCAGUUCAACAGAUUUUGGUUCAUAAAAGGGAACAUUUUUAGGCUCUGAGUCCUGCAUUACAAAAAUCAACAUUACUGGAAUGAAAUGAUCUUUUUCGAAAAUCUUAGGGUUCUCGAAAAAGAAGAUCAGUCCAAAAAAAGACUAGUGUAAUUGUAAUCAAACUUAAUAAAUUAAAAAAAAAAAAAAAACAUGUCAAAUUAGCCUUAUCAUUCACUCAUUCAUGUUUUCUGCUUGAUGAAUUCAAGUAAUUAAAAAUCCAAACUUAAAUUACUGAGUAAAGUUUGAGAAUUAGUGUUUGGGUUCAGGCAGAAACUAGGAAAUUGUCUUUAUUCUUUUGGUGUUUAAUGAUAAUUAGAACCAAUAACUUGAUUAAAGAAUAGUAAAUAGAUUAAAAAGCUUUCCUCCUAAACUUCUAGAGGACGGACCAAUUCACAUUCAAAAGACGAAUAUGAAGAAAGUCGAGUAUGCCUGAGAUAUUUGCAAGAGCUGAAUAAACUGUGAUUGUUUCCUCCUCUGUGCUCCUCAGGGAUGUUGGUGGAGCAGUUUGCAGCAGACGGGCCAAAGCUCCAGCUGUACAACUUGACUGAGAAACACUGGCAGGAUCUGAUGAACUGGCAGCACGCCACCAUGUACCUGUUCUUUGGGCUUGCAGCAAUGGUUUCUCUUGUCAUCCACACCACAGAGGCUGCUCCGCUGGCACUUGACAGGUUAAUGAUGGCCAUCGCUUUCUUCAAUGAAGGUAAGACAAAUGAUGUGAUAGGUUUGAUUUUGAAAAAUUGUUUUAAAGAUGCUCUCUCACUCAGGGCUGUGAUCAUCGACAGUGCUUCAUCUGAAUUUAUUGCAGCUGCUUUAAAACUGUGGUCAGCUGAAUUAUCAGAAAAACAUGCAUCUUGCAGCUAGGCCUGUCAAAUUAUUUUUUUUCGAUAAUGUAAAUAUUUUUAAUUGUGUCUGUGAAGGUGCAGCAUGAGAAGCUGUUUCCUGCAGUAAAAUUAACUCCUCAUUUAAGUGAAAAAAUGACUUUAAGAUAAAAACCAUAUCAGUGGUAUUAUGAAUUAUUAAAGCAAUCUAAAGUUAGAAAUUAGCUAUUUGUUUUUGUAUUUUUUUGUUUGUUAUUGUUAUGUUAAAAUAAAUUAUUCACACCUGAAUAUUUACAUGUGUUUACUGCAGAAGUACUCCUUGGGUUCUUUGUCAUAGGCGAUUGAAACACUGUCUCUCCUCACAAACAGAUUUAUGUAGAAGAUUAUAGAUGUCAGUUUAACUCAGCAAGGAUCUGAGGAAAAUUCAAACUAAAAUGGACGGCAAUGCUCCUGUUAGUUCUUAGUGUGUUUUUUUUAAAUACACUGUUCGCCACAAACUGUUAAAUCAGCAAACAGUGCUAACAACACUACUACAGCAUGUUGUUGCUUCAGUUAUUUCUCUGUUUCUGUGUUUCAUCAUAACACUCUAAACUAGUUCUGAUACCACUGAGGUCCAGGAAUCAAUGAAAUAUUGGCACUAUUGAACAUUCAUGCACGCAGGCGGGAUGGAGUGACCUGCUGUGGUUAAGGGCACAUUCUGCAGUCUCUAUAACUUUAUUUUGACCCCUAGUUUAUCAAAAUCAAAACUCUUUUAAAACAAACCCAAUAAAAUAAAUGCUUCCUUCAGUACAUAGACCUCAUUGUCUGACAGUAUGUGUCAUAGAACUAAUUCACACUCUGAGUCCUUUUUGAUUUCCUUUUAAUGCGAAUCUGCAACGAUUAAAACUUUUUAUUCUAGUCAUGUUAUACUCACCAUAUAUUAGCAAUACAGAGACUACAUCUUAGCAGCUCAUAGCCAAAGAAAUCCUGUGGUGCUGAAAUACUGCUGAAACUUUGGCUCGUAAAUGUAUUAAAAUAAUGUGGACAGGUGCCAGUCGGUGCAAACUAAAAGUGGUUAAAAGAAGAGAUAAGUAUUUCACAUUAACUUGAUUUAAAGCCAAAAGUAUCAUUUGGUGGAUGGGAAGAGUCAGGACCAGAUAUUUUGUGCUAAGCCAAUCAUAAUCCUAGUUCAGGGUUUUAAUAUAAAUGCAGUUAUCGUGUUAUUCAAAGGGUUUGAGGACUGUAAUUAAGCAGACAAAACAUACAUUAUUUUGCUUGUAAAAACUUUUCUUUUGCAUCUUUUUGUUUCUGCAGGGUUUCUUUUCUUCUAUCAUCUCCACGGCAGGAGCAUGCUGGACAUUCAUGUUCAUCAGCUCCUUCUUUAUGCCAUCUUUGGCGGCGCUCUUGUUUCCUUUCUGGAGAUUUUUCACAGAGGAAACAUCAUCCUGGAGCUGCUGCGCUGCACCCUCACUCUGCUGCAGGGGAGCUGGUUCUGGCAGGUAAAUUUUGUCUCAGUGCAACGCUGGCCAAUACAGAAGUUACGUUUUUCAGAUAGAGCAAAGAUAUGAGUAACAAUGCUGACAGUAGUUUCUGUAUUUCAGUUUCACUGAUGGAUAAAAAUUUGACCGUUUUUGGAGGUGACUCUACCAAAAAAGCAUGUCUUUCUAUGUGCAGAGAACACAUAUAGUACAGAAAAUGCUUCAUUCAUAAUGCUAUGUGAUAAUAGACUUCAUCUUUAUCAAACAUUUACCACUCUCCUGAUUUAAAUAUUUCACUUGCACAUUCCUGGUUUUCAAAAAUAUUUCAAUCAAUUGUCUUGUCCUGUCUUUAUCAAGAACAAACUUGACACUGGCUUCUCUUUGACCACAGAUUGGCUUUGUGCUUUACCCUCCUCAUGGUCCCGAGUGGGACUUGAAGGAUCACAACAACAUGAUGUUCGUCACCAUGUGUUACUCCUGGCACCUCGCCUUCGCCAUGCUCCUUGUGAGCGUGCUCUAUUGCACCGUCAGCUGGUAAGAACAAGCUCGCAAGCAAGUUCCCUUGACUUCUGGUUGUUUUGUUUUCCUUAUUCUUGCAGAUUCUAGAUCAGCUGUGUUCAGAAGUAGUGUAUGCAAACAGGAAACCACUGCGUCCUCUUGAGAUCAAAAGUCACUGUUGAUGACUUUUUGUCCCUUUUUAAGCCUGCAGACCCAAACAGCUGUUUUGUCAGCUGCAGGCAAAGAAACAAACAUGUGAAUAGUGCAAAAUUGAAUGUGCUCUCUGAGGUCUAAAUAAAACUCUGAUUCACCAACAAAAGGGCAGAGCUAACAGGGAUCUCCUGAGGGUCAAACACUUUGUAUUGACAAGUAUCUCAUACAACCUUACUUUGAAAAAACGGAACAAUCCCUUUGAAUAAUAAUCUAUGGAUUAACAAUAUUGAUAUUUGACUGCAUCUGCACCCUAGAACUGAUUAGAUUUAUGUUGCUAGACACAAUGCUGUUCAUGUAAAUAUUGGUAUAUAUUUGAAUGGACAUAAUUUCAAGUGCAGUGAUAUGAAACACUUAAAGGGUCAUGUAAAAGUAAUAAAAUCUGCAGGAAGCUUAGCCAUGGUUGCAGCGACACCAGCAGCAACGUAACAAGAAACAAAACUCACAGAGAUAGAUCAAUGAAUCAGUCAGCUGAUUAAUCAGAGCGGUUACUGGUAACCUGUAUCAUGUCUGCAUCAACACACACAAUGCUGAUUCUAUAUGAUAACAUAUUUUCCCAUCCUUAACAACAGCAUCCUGAAACUAAAACUAGUACUGGUCAACAUUUUAUAUACAUUCUGUUAUGAUGUAUAGAAUAACGGAGUUCAAUAUUGCUUCUCACAUAAAAAUCAGUCAUGCUCUGAAGUCUAAGGCAUAUCCCAGUGGUUUUUUUCUAUUCCGUGAAUUCAUUCAAAAUUCAUCUAAAGCAUGCUUCAGGCGAAGAGAAUCAUGUCUGUGAGAUUGUGAUGUUCAUGAUCAUGGAAUAAUAGUAAACAUCUUUCACGUUUUCAGCCAUUUUUUUUGGUAUUUAUUCUGUUUUAAAGCCCCCGUGUCAAUUUUGGCAUCCCCUUUUGGUAAAGCAGUCCUUGCUUAUCUUGUCUUCUACAUGCUUGAGUUGUGACUUUUGACCGUCAAAUGUAUGACCCAUUGUGAAUAUUUUGUGUGGAAGAUAUAAAAACAGAGUAGUUUCAUUAGCUCCCUGGCUGAUGUCUACCCUCUCGCACUGGCUAUAGGCAUUGCCAGUCUUGUCACUGAUGGUCUUGUUUGCUUUUGGAUAUACUGACAAAGCAUGUGUACGAUUUUCAGACUUUUUCAUUAGUGCAAAAGUCUUCAGUGUUCUCGCAGACGGCGGGACAAGAAUCGAAAAAUCUCUUAUGGCAAUAUUUUACUGAACCAAACAUUUCACUGUAGUUGAAAAACUGUUCAUUCAAUUUCAGCAGUUUUGUUUCCAGUUUCAUCACUGUCAGCCAGAAGUCUUGUAUCUCCAAAACCACUACUUUCUGGAAAGUGAAUUAAACCUUCUUCAAAUAAUUGUUUGAAAUUCAAUAACACUCCUUUUUUAAUUUAUUUUUAUUUGCUAAACAUUAAAAAGGCCUAUCUUAAGUGAAUUGAAAGCAGAGUGAUAGCACUGACUAUGACAAAACAUAGAGGUAUGAGGUUUCUGCCCAACAGAGAUGAUAUGUUCUACUUGUUCAAUCAUUGUCUCGGAAACAAGAUUGAUGAUUUGUACAUUGUAAUUUUUAAUGCCUAAAAAUAGUGCAAGAGGGCAGGUAUAAGCCAAGCAGCUGGAUAAACAGCACUGUUUAUUGAAAAUAUUCACAAUAAAUAAAUCAAACAUUUAACCCCCAAGAAUGUCAGAAUAAUAAGAUAUCUUGUCAGAAGACACUGCUGAAGCAUAGUGGACAAAAUAAGAAAAUACUGCUUUUUUAAGGGGCGCAAAAUUGACAGAAACCGAAAGUUCCUCACAGGAGGUUAAAUACAUCAAAAUAAAUAUUCAAAAACACAUUUGAUUAUCUCUUUGAAUUAACUUCUAAUGUAAACUCCUCUCUGUACUAUGGCUGAAUCAGGCUGAAAAAAAUCCUUUUGGAUGUAGUUUUAGUGCCAAAGGUCUAAACAAUACAAUAUGCAUUUGAUACACAACACUAUGUGAUGCAGGACAUGAGAGAAUACAGGAAUCCAACCCAGUAUAUGCCUCUCAUGUUAUUUUAUGUUUGUGUGUUCAUUCUGUAGUGUGGUCCGAUCAAGGUUGAAGAGGACACCUCCGAUGGAAAUGGGACUCCUGAAGCCCAGAGAAAGAGAUCUGGAGUCAGAUGAUGAGGUUUUAUGAAAGAAUAAGAAGAACUUUAUCGAUCCUCAAAGGGAAAUGAAGAGGACUGAUGUACAAAUUUACCGUUUAAAUCAGGGAAAUUAUCUUUGCAGUUUGAAAGUAUGCUUUAAAUCAUUUACCUUGGCCUUCCUCAGUAAGUUUUUCAUUAUUCAAUGCUAUUUAUUUCACUGUGGUCUCAUGCUUUCCAUUUACUCUGUCGUAUCUUUUCAUUCUUAAGUGUACACAGUUGAAGGGAACAAGAGCUAAUCAUUUUCGGAUGCUUUCAAACGGCUCACAACAAACUUUUCCUGUCAGACGUUUUGAUGUGCAGUAGCCCCAUCUUGUGGUGAAAACAAUCAUCAUCAGUACAGCAUAUACUGUUUUUACUUAAAUGACUUGAAAGCAUGUAUUUAUGUAAUUCAUGCUGCUUUUUGUUUGAUCAUCUUUGAACCCAAAAAUACAAUUUUUUACCAAAGUUAUUAAAAUGUUUGGAUUUCAUUUUGAUGUAAUUACAAAUUAUACAACCACUAA